AUGAACGACACCAAAGGCAGCAGUGGAAUCAAACAGAAACAAACCCACAAGCUUCACAUCACCACUGAAGACGACAUGCACGCGAGUGGAGGUGGGAGUGGACGCAACAACACGCCUGACGGUGUUGAUGGAACGAAACGCCCGAAUUCGUCGCUGAAUAUGGCCGCCUCUACGGUUCAUUUGUCAAAGUCCGGUGGAGGCGCCAACGGCAGCAACAUGAGCAGCAAUGACAAAGAAAGACUGAUUGACGAGAAACUGCUGAGCAGCAGAGAUCAGGAGAAGCGGGAAGCGCUGGCGAAACAACGGGAGAACUAUUUGAACUCGGCAUCGACAAGUGGCCUUGAGGGGGACAUACUUCUACAGCCGGGAGCACGCAAUGCCGGGCGACUGAGACGGUUCAGGCUUUUUUUAAAAAACAUCUUCUCUGACAUCGACUCACACACGGAACACCUUUUCUACGUGAUUGCGGCGGAGAUGUUUUUCAUAUUCCUCACAUACACGCACUAUUCGUACUUAGACAAUAAGAAUCGGUUUCUCACGCCAAUCGUGAUGGGCAGCGAGACGUCGUUGCUUGGCCAGACGCUCACGCAGCUGUUCGACUGGACCAGGGCCCGCACGGCACUGCGGAACCGAACUGUCCACAAGACGCCGAGCGACGAGGAGAUGAACUUGACCUCGGCGACCAAUGGAACCUCCAACAGCAUGUCCACUGGGAUGCGAGAGAUGCACAGCAGGAACUCGAGCAGCAACACCAUCCCGGUGUCCGUGAGCCCUCACCUUGCGCCAGUCUCCGGGAAUUCAGCGGUAUCGGGACAGCCCUUAGAGCAGAUGCAUAUACAUAACCCAUUGCCACGGACGAUGCUAGCCGCCGACAAAGAGGCAAGUUUGAGAGACCACCUCAAGUUCUUAAUCUGGGGCGGUGUGAACGGCUUACUGUGCAGCUACUGGAUUGAACUCUUACUUACAGUCUUCCGGGACCGUGAGUUAGUUUGUGUUCUUGUCGACCAGACCGCCGGGACCGUCAUCUUCCAGACCUUGUACUCGCUGUACAUCUGUCUAUGGGACGGAGAGGUCGAAGUUUCCGGAGCCGCCGCCAUUGCCGACACAAGCGACUCUUCCCGCAGGACUGUCGAGCUCACAUGGGAGAACUUCACCAACCACUACGCCGGAAUGCUCUGGAAGUACAUGAAGCUCUCCUACCUGGUGUGGCCCGUGAUCAGUCUUCUUUGUUUCACCGUACUCAGCGACGAGUGGAUUUUCCCCGUGAACUGUUUCUUUGCGACCCUCUUUGGGGUAACUUUGGGAAUGUGA